AUGGAGGCGAAGAAUUUCACUGUUUGGGAUUACGUUGUAUUUUCAGCCCUGUUUGUUGUUUCCUGUGGAAUUGGAGUAUUCUUUGCCAUUAAGGAGAGAAAAAAGGCAACUUCUCGGGAGUUCCUGGUAGGGGGAAGGCAAAUGAGUUUUGGCCCUGUAGCCUUAUCUCUGACGGCCAGUUUCAUGUCGGCUGUCACUGUCUUGGGGACGCCCUCCGAGGUCUACCGCUUUGGGGCAUCCUUCCUUAUUUUCUUUAUUUCAUAUACAUUUGUCGUCAUCUUCACCUCAGAGCUCUUUCUGCCUGUGUUCUACAGAUCUGGCAUCACUAGCACUUAUGAGUACCUACAACUACGAUUCAAUAAAGUGGUUCGCUAUGCAGCAACUGUCAUCUAUAUUGUGCAGACGAUUCUCUACACAGGUGUGGUGGUAUAUGCUCCUGCCUUGGCACUCAAUCAAGUGACUGGGUUUGAUCUCUGGGGCUCUGUGUUUGCAACAGGAAUUGUUUGCACAUUCUACUGUACCCUGGGAGGAUUAAAAGCAGUGGUGUGGACAGAUGCAUUUCAGAUGGUUGUCAUGAUUGUGGGCUUCUUAUCAGUUCUCAUUCAAGGAUCAGCUCUCAAUGGUGGAUUACAAAAUGUAUUAGAGCAAGCAACAAAUGGAUCCCGACUACAUAUAAUUGAUUUUGAUGUAGAUCCCCUCCGCCGGCACACUUUUUGGACAAUAACAGUGGGAGGAACUUUUACGUGGCUUGGAAUCUAUGGAGUUAAUCAAUCAACCAUCCAAAGAUGUAUCUCUUGCAAAACAGAGAAGCAUGCUAAGCUUGCCUUGUACUUUAACUUGUUGGGUCUCUGGAUCAUUCUGGCAUGUGCUGUCUUCUCUGGAUUGAUCAUGUACUCCUACUUCAAAGACUGCGAUCCUUGGACUUCUGGUAUUAUCUCAGCACCAGACCAGCUGAUGCCUUAUUUUGUCAUGGAGAUAUUUGACACAAUGCCAGGACUUCCAGGACUUUUUGUGGCUUGUGCCUUUAGUGGAACUCUGAGCACCGUGGCUGCCAGCAUCAAUGCCCUAGCAACAGUGACCUUUGAGGAUUUUGUCAAGAGCUGUUUUCCCCAUCUCUCUGACAAGCUGAGCACCUGGAUCAGUAAAGGCUUAUGUCUCUUGUUUGGCAUCAUGUGCACCUCCAUGGCUGUGGCUGCAUCUCUCCUGGGGGGUGUUGUACAGGCUGCCCUCAGCAUCCAUGGCAUGUGUGGAGGACCAAUGUUGGGUUUAUUCACUCUGGGACUCGUGUUCCCUUUUGUGAACUGGAAGGGUGCACUAGGAGGCCUUGUUACUGGAAUCACUUUGUCAUUUUGGGUAGCCAUUGGGGCCUUUGUUUACCCUGCACCAGACUCUAAGACAUGGCCUUUGUCGCUAUCAACAGACCAGUGUCCAAAUGUGACGACAGCAGCACCACCAAUGCUAUCCAGCAGGCCUGCCAUUGCUGAUUCCUGGUACUCGCUCUCCUACCUUUACUUCAGUGCUGUGGGCUGCCUAGGAUGCAUUGCUGCUGGAGUAAUCAUUAGCUUCAUAACAGGUCCCCAAAGAGGCAAGGAUGUUGACCCACUCUUAAUUAGACCAGUUUGCAAUUUAUUUUGCUUUUGGUCUAAGAAAUACAAAACUCUGUGCUGGUGUGGAGUUCAGCAUGACCGUGGGACAGAGCAGGACAACCUUGAGAAUGCCUGGAAACAAGGGAAUGAAUCUGUAUUGCAGAAUGGACUCCAGCAAGAAGGCCUGGCUCAUGUUCCAGGAUCUGAUCCCAAGGACAAAAGCCAAAACAAUAUGGCAUUAGAGAAAAUUACUUAUUUCUAGGACAAUACAUGCAAGUGUGUGCACACACACUAACACACA